GGCAGAAAGGCAGAAGGAGACUUGUACACAGAAGCUCUGGACUCCUGAUUGUGGAGGACUCACUUUUACAACACAUAGCUAACUGCUUAUUUAAAAAAAAUAUAAAUAUAUAUAGGCUAUAUAUAUAUAUAUAUAUAUAUAUAUAUACAAUCUAUUUAUUUACUACAGAUUUUUGUUUGUUUGUUUUGUUUGUUUUUAUGGUUUUGUUACCAAACUUCACCUGAAGAUUUUCUGCUGGCUCUAUGAGGAAUACACACACCUGCGCAGAAGUCUGACACAGAGCGUGUUGGAGACAAAAGAAAUCCUUGUUUUUGAUUUCAUUCUUCUUCCUUAACCCUGAGACAUGGUGCUCUGGAUCAUCCUUCCCAUCUCAUUGUCGCUGGUGUCCUUCAUUGGAACAUGGAGCGUAUAUGGAAUGGCUUACUCCAACAAUCACGUGUGCUCACUCAGUGAUUGGAGUGGUGCGAAUUACUGCAGGGAGAAUAAAACAAAGGGAUGUUGCUUGGCUCCUACCAUAAGUGGAAGUGGGACUUAUGCUCCAGAGAGUUCCCUUUUUACAGCAACCAUGAACGCUGGGACCUUUCUAUUUCUGCUGUUCACCAUAUUCCAUCAUGCCCAUAUAAUGGAGAAGCACAUGUGCCAUUCCAUGCUGAGCAGAAUUGCAUUAGCGUUUGGAUUAGUGGCAGCUAUCGGGGCCUUUGGGGCUGGAAACUGUAACCCAGGUGAUGUCACAUUCAUGCACUACCUUGGAGCUGCUGUCAGUUUCACGUCUGCCUGCUUCUACACCAUCCUGCUCACCACGCUGACUGCGAAGUGCGUUCUGACAGGGUUCGAGAAGUUCCUCUUCCCUCUGCGCAUUUUUUUCACAGUGGUUCAAAUCAUUGUGACUCUUGGCUAUACCUUUUUGUUUGUCCAAGAAGAAUACUUUUACCACCAUCUGUCUGCUGUGUUCGAGUGGAGCCUUAGUGUCAACAUACAGAUGUUUGAGCUCACCUACACCGCUGAGUUUUUCUUCUUCUCGUCAUUCAUGGUUUCAAACCUGCUGAGCCAACGGGAGGAGGAAAAGCCCUUGAUAAUAUCCAUGUCCUGAUAUAUGGCGGCCAGGGUCCAGCAAGAAAGCACGGACAGUGAUGAAGGACAAAGAAGGACAUCAGUAACAACAGUGGCUGGAUCCUGGCUGAAGUUUCAAUAGUGUUUUUUUUAUGUAGUUUCAGCCUGCGAUGGCUUGGACCUGGAUCCUUUUCCUUGGGAGGGAUUUUUCCACGGCAUUUCUGUUUCUUAGCUCAUAUAUUUAUUAAAAUGCCAACUGCAACAGCAAAAGAACAAAACAUGUAUUUGUGCUUUAUACACAAUGCCUUGCAAAAGGAUUCCUUCCCUUUGAACUUGUUCCAUAUAUUUGACACAUUAACCACAAACUUCAAUGUAUUUUUUGUGGGAUUUUUUUAUGACAGACCCUGAUGCAUAAAUGUGAGGUGGAAGGAAAAAUACAUUUUUCAAAAUUGCUAAGAAAAUAUGAAAAAAAAAAAGUGGUAUGUAUAUUCUUUCGGUAAGUAUGUCAGUAUGUUAUGCAACAAUCUUCCACUGCAAUUACUGUCAGAGACCAACAUUUCUGUCCAUUCUCUUUUGUUAUUUAGCUCAGGGUCAGUCAGAUUAGAGAGAGAAUUUCAAGUUUGGCACGGAUUGUUCUUUGGAUAGAUUGGUUUGUUAUGACCUCAUUUGAAACCAUUCCGCAGGUUUUACAAUUUGGGUUACUGCCUGGCUGGAAGGAAUACUUGCUACUCUGUAUUUAAACAUGGCAUGAUGCUACCUCACCAAAAUGUUAAGUUUUGGUGUAAUAGGACUAGCGCACCAUAUUUCACAUGAGCAACAAACACAAACUGGCAAAAUAAGAGAAAGAAAGACAGAGUCUGAAAGCAGAUGUCACACUUUUAUAAACCAUCUUCCUUCCAUCUCCCAGUUUUGCUGUACUUUUCCUUGUUGAGUUAUUUAAAAACUUGAUAAAAUACAUUCAAAUUUGUGGUUUCACUUUAGCAAAAUAUGAACGUGGGUGUGAAUAGUUUUUCCAGCGGUCUGGCUGCGUUACCUUAUGGAAAGGAUGGCUCUGAUGAAAAGAUUUGAUAAGAUGUUUAUGCUAAUGUUUUGUUUUUUUGUGUGUACAAUAACCUUUAAAUGUUGACAAUAUACCAACAAACACACAGUAUAGAUAUGACGUUUAGGCACUUUAAUAAAUUUAAAAAGUCAUGUGUUAUAUAACAGGAUUUAAUGUUGCUCACAGGUGGAGGAGGGUGGAGUUCCAGCAGCUCCUAAAGAUCCUGUUUGACUAGAUGACUAAAGCCAACAGACUUUUAAUUGUUCAUUCUCACUUAAAACAAACAGACGUCAUCGUCCCAAAAUGUAAUUUUCCAAUAGGGUGUUGUCGGCUUAAUCUAGCACAUUCCCAGAGUGAACCUGUCAUGUAUUAUGAAUCAAGGGUUAAAAACUCUUUAAAAACAGUCCCUCACUGAUUUUAAAGGAAUGUCAUAACUGGUAGAAAUUGUAUGUAACACAGAACAUCUGUAGAGGUGUUGGUUUUUUUUUUUUUGUACAAGUUUGUCUAAAACCCACCUUUAUAGAAAAUGUGAAUCAUUUCAAAUUCUCAUUUGUAGAGUUUCUCUUUAACGCAUGAUUGCCAGGUCCUAAUUUUCCAAGAAACGCCUUCAGAUUCUCUUCAUCUAUGAUGCAUGUUUUUCAAAGUUUCUCUCAGCUUUGUUGAAAAACAUCAUGAGGCGAAGGAUGAUGCUACUAGAAUCCAGCUGUAAUGGUUUUAAUAAAACUGUACCAUAUACUUCAGUUCAAAAAAUAAGAGUUUGCUAUUUCAUGAGAAAAUAUAAACUGAUUUUUAUAAAAUGGAGAAAAACAAAGAGACAGAUAAGCCUCUAAUUACAAUUUGGUAUAAAUAGUUUUGCUUGGAAAAUCAGUCAUAGUAAUCACAGAUAUCCAUGUUGUUGGACCAACACCAGUGGAUGAGAUAUUGUACUAGAUUUAUAAAGUGGAUUAUGUUCCUACCCACUUCUCC